UUCAAUAUUUUGUAAUCAAAAGUUGUAGUCUUCCAAGGGAAAAGUCGAGAUUUCCGGAUCUUAGAUUAUGAUUACAAGGUUGAACAAUUUAAGAAGUACGUACAUGUUGGAGAUAGCUCACAAACUCAAGUAUUUGCUCCGGAAAGUAGAAAUCCACGAUGACUUUGCAGAGGAAGGUGAAGCAUAUAUCCGAAUGCUUUGUGAGGCCACAGCACGACCUCUCACAAGAUACAAAGCAACCCAUAUACUUAACACCCUUUGAGCUCCCCUUUCUCAACCUCAACUACAGCCAAAAGGGUCUCCUUUUUGCAAAACCACCUCCGGAAAAUCAAGAUUUCUCCAUAACCAUUUUCUUGGAACACCUUCGCCGCUCCCUCUCUGCCACCCUCAAUCAUUUCUACCCUCUCGCUGCGCGCUUAGCCACGCGAAUAGAAGAAAACCCACCUUCAUAUGUCAUCUACAUAGACCCUGAAAACAGCCCCGGAGUCAAGUUUGUUCACGCAACCGUGGACGCAACUGUUUCCGACAUCCUUGCGCCUGAUGUACCCUUAGUUGUUCAUUCAUUCUUCGACCUGAAUGAUGCUAUUAGCCAUGAUGGUCAUACGCUCCCGUUGUUAUCCAUUCAGGUGACCGAGCUUACCGAUGGAAUCUUUAUCGGUGGCUCUGUGAACCACAUUCUCGCAGAUGGAACAUCUUUCUGGCAUUUCAUGGCUGCUUGGAGUGAAAUAUUUAGAUCGAAAGAGAAAACUGGUGAUUGCAUCUCGCGUCCUCCGUUAUUGAAACGAUGGGUCCUUGAAGGAUACAGUCCUAUUACAAGUCUACCGUUCAAACAUCAUGAUGAAUUCAUCCAUCGAACAGAAAAUCCACAAGUUAAAGAGAGAUUCUUCCAUUUCUCAUCGGUUGCAGUCUCUAAGCUCAAAGCAAAAGCAAAUGAGGAAUGCAACAUGCAAAAAAUCUCAAGUUUACAGGCGGUUUCCGCACUUUUGUGGAGGUGUGUAGCUCGAGUUCGAUGCCAACCACCCAAUAGUGAAACCGUUUGUAAAUUUGUUAUUAAUAACCGGUGUAGAGUGAACCCACCGUUGUCUGAUGAUUAUUUUGGCAAUUUGGUUGAUAUAAUUAAGGGAACAACAACGGUUGAGGAUCUAAUGUCUCACGGGCUUGGAUGGGCAGCAUUGAAGAUGCAUCAAGUGGUCAAAAACCACGAUGAUGCAGCAGUGAAAAAGUGGGUUGAGUCAUGGUAUAAAAACCCGGUAGUAUACAAACUGAAUGGACUGCUACAUCCAAACAUUGUACACAUUGGGAGUUCACCAAGGUUUGACAUGUAUGGGUGCGAGUUUGGGUUGGGAAAAGCAGUUGCGGCUAGAAGUGGGUUCGCGAACAAAGCUGAUGGCAAAAUGACAAUGUAUCCAGGUCGGGAAGGAGGAGGGAGCAUGGACGUUGAAGUUUGCCUAUUGCCGGAAUAUAUGAUGGCUCUUGAAUGUGAUGAGGAGUUUAUAAGUGCUCUAAAAGAGUAACUAAAUGGUAUUAUGGUACAAAGUAAAAUCUCAUUUCUGAUGAUUCAUGGUUUACAUUCGGUAACAGUGGUUACAUUUUGUGUGGUUUCUUUCAAUAAGUAAGUUGUUCCAAUCAAGAUACGAUUCCUCUAUUUUUAUCAAA